CUUACGCCGAGGACGCAGGAAAGCGUCGCCAUCUUCAGUACUGGCAUUUUUUUUUUUUUAAAUUUUUAUUUGAGUUCUGAAAUGCAAACCUCUUUAAGGCUGCGCCAUGUCUAGAGUUUGUUACAAAAGCCGGACUCUAGUUAAUGGUUUAUGAAAUUUACUGUAGAUUAACAUGACAGCAUUUUACUUUCACUUGAAGUGACUGGUGGCACUUGUAACUUACUGUUCUGAGGAUCCUACAUGGAUAGAUCUAAAAUCCCAACUGUGCCCCUGUCUAGUGGGCAUCACAUUCCUCUGCUGGGUCUGGGAAUGUCUCAUAGUGGAGGGUAUUCCCACAAUGCACUGCUCUAUGCUUUGACAAAAUGUGGCAUCCGCCAUAUUGACACAGCCAAGAGAUAUGGGAAUGAAGUUAUGGUGGGGAAAGCAAUAUGUGAAAGUGGAGUGAAGAGAGAAGAGCUGUGGCUUACCACCAAACUGUGGCCAGGAGACUAUGGGUAUGAGAAUGCAAUACAAUCAUGUCUGGAUUCAUGCAAGAGACUAGGAGUAGACUAUCUAGACUUGUACCUUAUGCAUUGGCCUGAUGCUCAUGUACCAGGUAAGAGUGCCAGGGAAGCAAGAGCAGAGACUUGGCAAGCACUGGAGGAGCUGCACGAAAAAGGAAUUUGUCGCUCUAUUGGUGUUAGUAACUUUCUAAUCCAUCACUUGGAUCAACUGAAGGAAGACUGCUAUGUUGUACCUCACCUUAACCAGGUUGAGUAUCAUCCAUUUCAAAAACCACAGGAACUUGUUGAUUAUUGUAGAAGGAAUAAUAUUGUAUUUGGGGGAUACUGUCCCCUGGCCAAAGGACAAGCCCUGAAUCACCCUACAAUUCAGAAAAUUGCAAAGAAUUAUGGGAAAACCCCAGCUCAAAUCUGUAUACGCUGGAGUAUCCAGAAUGGUGUUGUAACUAUCCCAAAGUCAACCAAAGAGGAGAGAAUCCAGGAGAACUGUGAGGUGUUUGGUUUUGUGUUAACAGAUGAGGACGUUUUGACUCUAAAUUCCUUGCAUGAUGGCCGUCAUGUUUCCUGGGAUCCCUCCAAUAUUCUGUAGCUGUCACAGGUUUUUAACUUCCAUUUGGAACAGGAGGACAUGGAUUGUAUAUCUUCCCUGAACAGUAAUCGAAAACUCAUCCAUUUGACCUACCCACUGUGGAGAGGCUGAAUCUAAACAAGCUUAGGACUAAGUCCUGCAGUCACUGCACAUUUCUACUGUCUGAUGGGUCAGCAAAGUACUGGGAAAGAAUGCAUUACGGUCCCACCUAGAUACAAAAGGGAGGACAGAAUACCAGCAAACUUGCUUAUUUCUCCAAAUAAAGCUGAGCAUGGAGUGUUGCUAACAUAACAAUUCUUAUUCUUGUCAUCAGUGACCUUUUAUUAGUGAUUAGCCUAAACUGAAUUGCUAGAUACUUGAACUGCAAAUGUGCCAAUUACAACUACUUCCUUAAAUUAACUGGAAUGACUGAAAAAAAAAUCACAAGUAUUUUAAUGAAAACAAGAUUAUAUUUGAAAGUUGGUGUUUUUGAAGAGUCUAUGCUUAUUGAUAUUAUACAAUAUUCCAUGUUCCUUUUUAUCAUGUGUAUCACAAAUAUUUUACUCGUAUUGUUACAGGUGACACUGAAAUAACAAUGUAACGAGAAAUAAAUGACAUUUUGUUCUUCACUGAC